AUGCUUUCUUUGAUCAGGUUGUCCCCGAUAUUGAGGCCGGCAACUUCACACUUUCGGUUGCCCACACAUUCAAGAAGGAUGUUUUCCGCUGUCCCUCAGCAAGCGAUUUCUGAUACCCAGCGAACAGACACCUCACGAUCCUUAGCAUUGGCUCCGGAUGAAGAUGACACAGAUACCCGCCAGAAGUACCGACCCUUCCUGCUGAACAGCAACGCCACUGAGGACUGGGUCAACCACAUAGACCUGACCACAGUGCUAGACAUGGCCGAGCAUAACAUACGGGAUACAAAUACGAGGUUGAAAGUUUUGGUGCUAUAUGGCAGUCUUCGGAAGAGGUCAUACUCACGGCUCGUGGCAUUCGAAGCCUCCCGCAUCCUAUUCCGACUCGGUUGUGAUGUGCGUGUAUUCGACCCCGAAGGUCUUCCGGUCAAGAACGAUAGCGAUGCAAGCCACCCGAAAGUACAAGAACUGCGAGACCUCAGUCUGUGGAGUGAUGGUCAUGUCUGGGUUUCGCCUGAACAACAUGGCAAUCUGACAGCCGUGUUCAAGAACCAGAUUGAUUGGAUUCCUUUGACCACCGGAAGUGUUCGUCCCACUCAGGGCCGAACGCUUGCCAUUGCCCAGGUGUGUGGCGGGUCCCAAUCAUUCAAUGCUGUCAACUCUCUGCGGAUCCUUGGUCGGUGGAUGCGCAUGUUCACGAUCCCGAACCAAUCCUCGAUCCCCAGGGCGUAUACACAAUUUCCGGAUGAAGGUCAACCAGAAGAUCAACGGCUCUUGCCAAGUGGGAACAGAGAUCGCCUGGUGGAUUGCAUGGAGGAAUUUGUCAAAUAUACGAUUCUGAUGCGCCCUCAUAUCGGGCUCUUUGGCGACCGCUUUAGCGAACGGGAGGAGAAGAGAUCAAAGCAGGCAAAUGCAGAUGCCGCGGCGAGAUGA